UCGCAUCGAUCCCAACUUUUUAAUUGUAACAAAAAAAGGAAACAGAGAUGUAGAGAAAUUUCAUGAGAGAGAAAGACUGAAACGAAGGGACGGAAGGAGACUGAGCCUCCUUCGAGUCGCCGACGGAAGCUCCAACCCUUAGACAGCGUGAGUGCAUUAAUGGUGGGUCUGUUACUCUUUAUAAAGAGCAAGCUGCCAAAGGAUAAGCCCGCAAAUUGUAGCUGCGGGCCUCUGGCCCAAUAGACCAACCAGAUUUUCCAUUAUUAUUAUUAUUAUUUUACUUUUUCCAUUUAAUGGGAAGAGAUAUUUAGGUCAUUGUCAACCCAUUAAAAUUUUUGUUUUCACUCAUACACUAUCAUUUUACUGCAUGCCAUCAUGCAAUUAUCAACGAAUCAAGAAAUAUAAAAAAUCUAAAGAUUCAACAUUUUACUUACAAAAAGAAAAUCAUAGAAUUUAGAAAUCAAAGGAAGCAUGGCGGCGGUAAAUUUUCAUUGUACUGUUUCGAAAAACAGAAGCCGUUACGAUACUUUUCGCGUAAAACUGCCACUUAAGUAUUUAGAAAUCAAGUUGAAAGUCGUAACGGGCCAAACCGGAGGGACGGGACCCGUUUCCACAAUCCGCCAAACUGAUCUAACUAGAACUAUUCGCAAUAGCAAAGAUUCCUUCAAAACUAAAAUUACUCUUUUUUCUUAUUUAUUUUAUCACAUCUACCUGCAAAAACUAAAUCCUCAAUCAAAUUCAAUCUUCUUUGGCACGUUAUCCCGUACGUUUUUUGUUUGCCCGAAUUUCAUCGUCGAAUGUGGAGUUCGAUUGCGAAUUUGAAAGAGAAUUUGAAUAAGAUCGCGCUUGAUGUACACGACGAUGACGACGAAGAUCUCGAGAUCUAUGGUUCUGUAAAUGGAGACCAUUCGCCAGUCUUUAAUAGACGAAAUUCUCAUAGAUUUGCCCACUCAAAACCCGUUUCCCCCUCUCCGGUCGCCAAUGGAAUGUAUUCGCCUUUUAAUUCUGAGAUUGAAAGAUACAAAGCAGAAAUUAAGAAGCUUCAGCAAUCUGAGGCAGAAAUUAAGGCUUUAUCAGUCAAUUAUGCUGCUUUGUUAAAAGAAAAAGAGGAGCAAAUUUCCAGACUGAACCACGAGAAUGGCUCAUUGAAACAAAACUUGAAUGUAACAAAUGCAGCUCUGAGUGCAGCUAGAAGUGAAAGCUCCAAAGUAUCAACUAAUGGAACUAAUGCACUCAAGGGAAAUGGUGAUCUGUCACCAAACAGACAGCAUAAGUCAACAAGUCUUGGGAAAAAUCGUUAUGCUGGAAACCAAAUGUCCAAUGGUCUUACCUCUAAACAUGAUGGGAAAGAAAAGGAGCUUGCAGAUUUGCGGGAAGAGAAAAGUAGGUCCCUGGAAGCAGUUCAAGCUAAUCACAAAUUACAAAUAAAGCAAUUCAAGAUGGAACUUGAAAAGGAACGUGAUAAAUUAGCGAAUGUACAGAUAAGAUUACAAGAGGAGCACAAGCUGAAUCAGUCUUUUCAGGAGGAACUUAAGUUACUGAAAUCAGAAAAGGAUAAAAGCUCCACAGAGUUGCUCAAAAUACGCAAUGAAUUGAAUGAGAAAAUAAUAGAAAUAAGACGGUUGCAAAUGGAGUUGAAUAGACGGGAGGAUGAAAGUGCAGAUGAUACACUGGAGAAUUUGAAAAGAGUGAUUGCCACCUUGGAGAAGGAAAACACUCAUCUAAAGAUGGAGAAAAAUGAACUUGAGGCUGCUCUGGAAAGUAGCAGGAAAUCUUUAACUCACAAGAUCGAUUCUAGUGCUUCUGAGACUCUGAAGGUAGAUUCACCAGGAAGUUUUCCUGGAAAGAAAGAAAUGGAACUAUCAUUGCAGAAAUUGGAAAAAGAUCUCAAGGAAGCAUGCUGGGAAAGGGAUAAGGCUUUGCUAGAAUUGACUCGUCUUAAGCAGCAUUUAUUAGAAAAGGAAUCUGAAGAAUCAGAAAAAAUGGAUGAAGAUAGCAAAAUUAUUGAAGAACUUCGAGAGAGCAAUGAAUAUCGAAGAGCUCAAAUUGCACAUUUGGAGAAAGCCCUAAAGCUGGCAGUGGCAAAUCAGGAGGAAGUUAAGAUGAUGAACAACAAUGAAAUUCAGAAGUCUAAGGAAAUCAUUGAUGAUCUGAAUAAGAAACUUGCAAACUGUAUAAGAACAAUAGAUUCAAAAAAUGUUGAACUACUAAAUCUUCAAACUGCUCUUGGUCAGUACUAUGCUGAAAUUGAAGCUAAGGAACAUUUGGAGCGAGAUUUGGCCCUGGCAAGAGAAGAAUCAGCUAAACUGUCUGGUCUUCUGAAAGAUGUAGAUGAACAUACAGAGUUAUCAAAGCGGGAAAAGGAAGAAAUUCUGGCAAAGCUUUUGCAAACUGAAAGAAUGGUUGCAGAAGGGAAAACCAGAGUAAACAAGCUUGAGGAAGACAAUGGAAAACUAAGGCGUGCUCUUGAGCAGAGCAUGACAAGGCUUAACAGAAUGUCUAUGGACUCUGACUACCUUGUUGACAGGCGUAUUGUGAUCAAACUACUUGUGACCUACUUCCAAAGAAACCACAGCAAAGAGGUUUUGGAUCUCAUGGUUCGGAUGCUGGGAUUCUCAGACGAGGACAAGCAGAGGAUAGGUGUUGCUCAACAUGGUGCUGCCAAAGGUGUUGUUCGGGGUGUUCUGGGUCUACCUGGUCGUUUGGUUGGUGGCAUCUUGGGUGGAAGUUCAGCUGACGUACAUGCAAAUAUGGCCUCUGAUAACCAGUCUAUUGCAGAUCUGUGGGUUGAUUUUCUGCUCAAGGAAACUGAAGAAAGAGAAAAGAGGGAAUUGGCAGAAGAUGCUAGUAGAUCCAAGGAAAGCCUGCAUGGAAGAAGUCCAAAUGCUGCUGGACCUAGUCCAUCUGUGUCUGACCAACGAACUACAACAACUGCAUCUGGUUUCUCUAGGUCUAGUUUAUCACCAAGCCAGAACUCAAGCCCCGUAUCGUCACUGGGAAAUCUUCGGCAAUUUGAACAUUCUGAUUCUGAAUUCUCAACUGUUCCUCUCAUGUCAUCAGAGAGUAGUGGUCGUCUAUCAAGACUACCACCAAAAUUCUGAGUUUUCGGAUGCUGUAAUUAUUCAAAGGUAUAGUUUCUUUGUUGUUUUUGCCAUGAUGAAAUUUACUUAGAUCAAUUCUUUCAUAAUCAAAAUAAGAAGAAAUACCUCCAUUGAUCAUUUGCUGCUUGUUUAUAUGCCAAAUUUAUUUGGAAGUGAAUAUUAGUGACAGAUUAACUGGUUAACGACAACAAUGGCAACAUCGUUUUUUUCAUACAUUUGAUUUGAUUUCGAUUUCGCUUGACUCUUCUGAUCCCUUUUACCCUUUGCUCACACCUAAUUACAGGGGUAAAUACUGCACUUUUAAGACUCCGAUCCCUCUCUAUGGUGCAGUAGAAAGCACGGCAUGCAAUAACAUUGCAAAUUCUGGGAUCCACGCUAUUUACUUGAGUUUAUGCAACUUGAACACAAGGUU